AUGGCACAUAGUGGCAACUCCCAAAAGUUAUCACUAAAAAGGCAGUCAGUGAUGGAACUAUAUGGACAAGGAAAUGAGGCUGGAUUGUCAGAGAAUUUGCCUUCAAGCAAAAAUGGAAAGGUCCUGCUGGAUGCCAAUUGUCCCAUCAAAGAAACGUUUAUUCACCAUUUUUGGCCGCAGAAUUUCCCAAGGUUGAAACCAGAAAACCUGGAGGAAAACAAGAAAAUAUUUGCACGGGUUAGUGAAAUGGCAGCAAAGAAAGGAUGCACCCCAGCACAGCUGGCCUUGGCUUGGGUUCAUCAUCAAGGAGAUGACGUGGUUCCAAUUCCUGGUACCACCAAGAAGGAGAACUUCAACCAGAAUGUUAGAGCUCUAUCAGUAAAAUUAACACGAGAGAAGAUGGCUGAACUUGAGUCCUAUGCUUCCGCUGAUGUGGUUAAGGGUGAUAGGCAUGUCUCCAUGGCAACUACAUGGAUAAACUCUGAGACCCCUCCUUUGUCUUCCUGGAAAGCUAAGUAAAGAUAUGAAUCCAUCUGAGUUUGGUGUUGAUAUUAUCUUGAGAGUGUGGUCAAAUGAAUCCAAAUGCUAGAAUAUUUGGAUGAAUAAUGUUUGUGAGGAGGCAUACCUAUUUGACUAAUUCUACUUAUCAGCAGGCUGUGGAGAAGAUACUUUUGUCUUUUUGAAUUAGGCAAAUCUAUGUUGCUAAUGAUAUAGACAGUAUGCGAUGCUUCUGUAAUUCAACUUGUGUUGGUUUUGUGUGCUUGUUAUUUGUGGUAUUUUGCAGUGAUGUCCUCCAGCAGUUUUACAAUUA